GACAUUAAAGGAUGUUUUUGAAGAAGUAACUAUAUGAAAUUAAAUUAACGAAAUGACAGGAGGAUUAUUCUUUUUGCUAACCACAUUAGAGUGUUGCGUAUAUUCUGUAUACAUCAGCGACUGGAUUCAAGUUGAAUCACAAAAAUCUAGUCCAGUUCUCAUUCAACAUCCAUUAGAACAAAUACCCGCAAAAGUUGAGGUGCAGGUAAAAAUUCAAGAAAACGGAUAUGACGUCAUUUUCCCUGCAUUCGGAUCAGCACAAAGAGACGAUGACAGUGACAAUAUCUACGGUGGUGUUAUUUAUAUUUACAAUGAAAAUCAUGUAAAAAUAUUUGUCCCUGUAAGGAAUAAUGACUCAAAUAAAGGAGUACUUAUAUUCACAGGUGGAUCUGCGUUCGCUGGGCCAUUUGAAGGAAUUUAUUCGGUAGGUUUUAUUAGGAUAAAGGUAUGGGGUUUGUGUGAUCUACCACCGGCGAAAUUCACAAGCUAUGGUAGUGAAAGUAUUUCAAAAGGGGACAGUUAUAAGACUAUUACACACGGGCUUGGUAAAAACCCAGAUUUUGUUGUUGUUCAGCUAAAGAUGACCAAUGGCUAUGUUUCCGAAGCAGCAGGUGUGACAUUUAAUUCACAAAUCUUUAAUCAUCAAACUAUCUGCGGGACUGUUUUUGCAUUUAACGACCAAGAAAUCCGUCUCUGGUCUAUGUCUGAGAAUCCCGUGGCUUGUGCAGUAGAUGGUUGGGGGACAGGAAGCUUUAGGGACGACACUGCUAGCCUGUAUAUCCAGGCCUGGAUACUGGACUCCUGUAAUAAGCAUUUUUCAACACAAUUCACACUAAAUAAGAGCGACACAAACUGUGUCGAGCGACUGAGCCUGGAUUCAGUGUAUAAUCUAGAUUCAACAUUAGUUUCUGUUCUGAUGAAGGUAUUAUCUCAAAACAACGAGGGAUUCAUUUUUCAUGCUGGCGGUAGCGCUAUGAUUGAUACCUCUAAUGACCCAUAUGGAGCUAUAAUAUACGGAUACAAUGAGACAGAAGUUCUGCUCUGGAGACCAUCCCAGACAAACACAAAUGGACAUUUAGUUUAUGUGGGUGGAAAGUGGGGUGACGGGCAAAGUAAUCAAGAGAGUGAUAUUGUGGAAGUCAUCGUUAAAGUUAUUGACAUUACAGGCACGCCUUGUAAUGGUACGGAUUUUUGCUCGCCUGAUUGGUCAAAGACAAGAUGCGUAUCUACAGAGUGUCCAAUCCCUCCUGACAUUGCCAAUGCAUAUAAACUAUAUGAUGGAGUAAUUAAUGGUAGCAAGGCUUUGUACGCUUGUAAGGCUGGGUUCUCGGAAAGUUCCGAAGACGUAAUAACUAAUUGUGUAGAUGGCACAUGGUCAAGGACAUCAAUGUUCUGCAAAGUCGUUUGCUCACCACCUCCCGCUGUUGAAAAUGCAGAAGUUCUUGUGCAGGACAAUAGAGCAAAAUAUUUCUGCUUAACGGGAUAUUUCACAAUGAAAAAUACAGUUGACGUCAUUGAAUGCAGAAACAGUACCUGGCCGUCCACUGACUUUAAAUGUAAAAAAUCUUGUCCUGAUCCUCCCCUCAUUGCUAACGCUGACUUCAUGGUUUCUAAGAAUGUUGCUCUGUACUCCUGCCGCGAGGGAUUUCUUCCGAAAUCUGGAAACAACUCAAUAAACUGCUUACUAUCUGAGUGGCAGAAAACAAACUUCACCUGCUAUGCGUCAUCAUGCGGUCCAGUUCCUAAUAUUACAAAUGCUGAUUAUCUAGUUGAAAAUGACGUAGCCAUGUAUGCAUGUAGCUAUGGAUACAGGCCAACAAAUGGUGACAAUAAAAUAGCAUGUAUGUUUGGAAAAUGGACUAAUACCAGUUUGCAGUGCCAAGAUACAACAAAGAGUCUCAGAAGCUACAUAACCAAUGAGACGCUUGCAGAAUGGAUAAAAGAGAUGAAGAAGACUCUCUCCGUAGUUAAAUCAAACACCAGUGCCUAUAACAGAAGUUUGAUCAGUGUAUACGAAUCUCGUCCAAGCGCCAUACAGAUAGGAAGUGUUGGCGUCUUUCUGAUAAGUUUUACGAUGACAGCUUUAAUAUUACCGGAUGUAAUUGGCGUUUUCAGCAACUUGUGUAAAAAAAUAAAUAAGAUUUUUUGCCAUCGUCGGAAAAAGAGAGAUGAAAUUAAAUAA